GUGACUAGUUUUGGACCAAUAGUCACAAAACAGGUUGGUGCGCGUACUUUGAUACUUUGUAGUACACGUAUCUAACUGAUAAUGUCAAGAAUGCUCUUGAUUCUGACUGUUGUCGCUUUCCAAGCUUUGUCCCUAACUUGCAUAGAUGCUAUAUCAUCGAUGUCAAUUGAUAUGGGCACUGAGUUUAUGAAAGUUGCAGUGGUUUUGCCAGGAAUGCCUAUGGAAAUAGCUCUUAACGCAGAUUCUAAGCGAAAAACAUCUACAGCGGUCGGUUUCAAAGACAAUGAAAGGGUUUUUGCCAGUCAUGCAGUUAAUUUGGCUUCUAAAUGUCCUGAAUGUGUAUACCAGUCUGUUCCAUCUCUUCUGGGGAAGACAUUAAAUCAUCCCAUGGUGAAAGUUUUUCAGGAGCGUUAUCCUUAUCACAAUUUGUCUUAUGAUACCUCAACCGGACAGUUAUUUUUUACUCAAAAGGAUGGAACAGUAUAUUCGGUUGAUGAACUGGUUGGCAUGCUUCUUGAAUAUGCGCAUGAUUAUGCUGAACAGUAUUCUGGUUCUGAAAUUAAAACUUGCGUGCUGACUGUACCGAGUUAUUUUGGUCAAGCCGAGAGACGUCGUCUCAUGUAUGCAGCUAAGAUUGCUGGCUUGAAUGUUUUACAGCUUAUCAACGAUAAUUCUGCUGUGGCUCUAAACUUUGGUUUAUUUCGUCAUAAGAGCUUCAACGAAACUCCUCAGUACUACGCAUUUUUUGAUAUUGGUUCAAUGAGCACAACUGCAACCUUGGCAG